AUUGAUAUGAUAACACAGUAUAUUUAGUCCCCAAGCAACUGCGCGUGAGUUGAUACGCGCAUUUUGUUGUUUUGCUUUAAAAAAUAUAUAAAUAAAAAAAGAUGAUAUUCAUCAUCUGGGCGUUACUGAUCGUAGCCGGUCUGACACUCUACUUCAGACAGAUUUACUCCAGAUUCACCAAAUAUGAGGUGAAGCACUUCAAACCCGUCCCGUUCUUCGGAAAUAUGGUCAAGUUCAUCUUCCGUUAUGAACAUAUGACGCAAGACAUGGAUAAUCUUUACAAAGCGUUUCCUCAUGAAAGAUUCGUUGGAAAAUACGAGUUUACUGUGCCGAAAAUUGUAGUCAAUGAUCUUGAAUUGAUAAAGAAGAUAACAGUGAAAGAUUUUGAGCACUUUAUUGACCACCGGAUAUUUGCCGAUGGAAGUUUAGACCCAAUCAUUGGCAGAAAUCUUCUGGCAUUGAAAGGUCAAGAAUGGAAGGACAUGAGGUCAACGCUGAGUCCUGCUUUCACCAGCUCCAAGAUGAAACACAUGCUGCCUUUCAUGGUAGAGGUUGGAGACCAGAUGGUGAUGACCCUCAAGAAUCAGAUACAACAGUCAGGAGUUGGUCAUACAGACGUUGAUGGAAAAGACCUUUCGACUCGUUGUACAAAUGACGUCAUCGCGUCCUGUGCCUUCGGCCUCAAGGUCAACUCUCACGCUGAGAAGAACAACGAGUUCUACAGGAAGGGCAAGGACGCCAUCACCUUCAACAUCAUUCAUAUCUUGAAAAUCUUCGCUUAUAGCGUCUGCCCUCAGUUGAUGGCGAAACUGAAAGUCUCUGUAUCUUCUCCCAACACCAAGCAGUUCUUUGAAUCUAUUGUCAUGAACACAAUACGUGACAGAAAAGAGAAACGCAUCGUCAGACCGGACAUGAUCCACCUUCUUAUGGAAGCGAAGAAAGGAACAUUGACGCAUGAUGAUCAGACGGCAGAUACGAAUGCAGGUUUCGCGACAGUUGAAGAGUCUUUUGUCGGCAAAAAACAGAUACACAAAGAAUGGUCUGAUGACGAUUUAUUGGCUCAAGCUAUGAUAUUCUUCCUCGCCGGCUUCGAAACAGUUUCAACAGCAUUGUCCAUGGGUCUGCAUGAGCUGGCUGUGAACCCUGAAGUCCAGGAGAAGUUGCUGAGGGAAAUCAGAGAAAACGAGGUGAAGAACGGUGGCAAGUUCGACUACAACUCUAUACAGCACAUGACUUAUAUGGAUAUGGUUGUGUCAGAAAUCAUCAGACUUUGGCCACCAGUGCCGUCGCUAGACAGAAUGUGUGUCAAAGAUUACAACAUGGGGAAGCCUAAUGACAAAGCGAAACAAGACUACAUAAUUCGUAAAGGCGAAGGUAUUUUCAUCCCGGUAUGGUGUAUACACCGCGAUUCCCAAUAUUAUCCGAACCCCCAGAAGUUUGACCCUGAGAGGUUCUCGGAGGAAAAUAAACACAAUAUCAACCCUCUCGCCUACAUGCCUUUUGGGGCUGGACCAAGGAAUUGUAUUGGUUCAAGGUUCGCCCUGUGCGAGUUGAAAGUGAUUCUGUACCAGCUGCUGCAGCACUUCGAGCUGUCUCCGUGCGAGAAGACCAGCAUUCCACCUGUGUUCUCCACGAAGACCGUCAACUUGACCAUAAAGGGGGGGCAGUGGGUGCGACUAAAGAUGCGAAAAAUGAUAUUCAUCAUUUGGACUCUGGUGGUCAUCGCUGCUCUGACGCUGUAUUUACGGCAGGCUUACUCCAGAUUCAGCAAAUAUGGGGUCAAGCACCUCAAACCCAUGCCUUUCUUCGGGGACAUGUUCAGAGUCAUGACCCGAUUAGAACACUUUACACGGAAUUUCGAGAGGGUCUAUGACUUCCCCAACGAAAGAUUUGUGGGAAUGUACCAGUUGGUGAAGCCAAUUGUGAUGAUCAGAGACGUGGAGCUGGUGAAGAAGAUAACGGUGAAGGACUUUGAGUACUUCCUGGACCACCAAGAAAUCUUCGACGGCGCCGACCAAUUCUUCGGCAGAAAUCUGCUAUCACUAAAAGGACAAGAAUGGAAGGACAUGAGGUCGACCUUGAGCCCAGCGUUCACCAGCUCGAAGAUACGACAUAUGCUGCCAUUCAUGGUGGAGGUGGGAGACCAGAUGGUCAUGUGUCUUAAGGAGCAGAUAAAGCAAUCUCGAGUUGGCUACGUGGACAUCGAAGGCAAAGACUUGACUACUCGGUAUGCCAAUGACGUCAUCGCCUCCUGUGCCUUCGGCCUCAAGGUCAACUCUCACGCCGACCAGAACAACGAGUUCUACGAGAAGGGCAAAGAAGCUUCUACGUUCAAAUUCAAACAGCUUCUCAAAUUCUUCGGGUUCAGCACGUGUCCUAAACUAAUGUCUCUAUUGAAACAAUCGUUAUUUUCUGAGGAGAUAAAGCGGUUCUUCCAAACCUUGGUGCUGAGUACAAUGCGCAAUCGAGAGGAACAGAGCAUCAUCAGACCUGACAUGAUCCACCUUCUAAUGGAAGCUAAGAAAGGGAGGUUAAUUCACGAAGAUAAGACUGCGUUGGAUGCGAAAGCUGGUUUUUCUACUGUCGAAGAAUCUUCUUUUGGAAAAAGUAAUAUAAAUAGAGUUUGGACCGAUGGCGAUUUGGUCGCUCAGGCCGUAUUGUUCUUAGUGAUGUCUUUCAGUCUUCAGGAGUUGACUGUCAACCCUGAGGUCCAGGAGAAGCUGGCGCAGGAGAUCAGAGAGAAUGAAAUCAAUAACGGUGGCAAGUUCGACUACAACUCUAUUCAGAAUAUGACUUACAUGGAUAUGGUUGUGUCAGAGGUCCUCAGACUUUGGCCACCAGCCCUUGGAUUGGACAGAAAAUGUAUCAAAGACUACAAUUUGGGAAAAGCUAAUGACAAAGCUCAGGACUACAUUAUCCGCAAAGGUGAAGGUAUCAGCUUACCAACGUGGUGUUUCCAUCGUGAUCCCCAAUACUUCCCCGACCCCCUGAAAUUCGACCCUGAGAGGUUCUCGGAAGCCAACAAAGACAAGAUCAAUCCUCUUGCGUACAUGCCAUUCGGAGUUGGACCCAGAAAUUGUAUUGGUUCAAGGUUCGCUCUGUGCGAGGUGAAGGUGAUGCUGUACCAGCUGCUGCAGCACUUCGAGCUGUCUCCGUGUGAGAAGACCAGCAUUCCACCUGUACUGUCAACAGAUACCUUCAAUCUGAAGAUAAAAGGGGGUCAAUGGAUGCGAAUGAAGCUUAGGACGUAGAAAGACUUUAAAACGCGGUGGAUAAUAUUUUUGGGUAACAGUAGUGACGCGCCUUUAUUUAAACAGAUUGUCCUGUUAAAUUAUAUGUGGGUUUUAGCUUGUAUGAAGAGAGUUAUGAAUGUGGAUGAAGCGAAGGAAGUAUGCAGAGCUCGUGGCAAGUGAAAAGAGGUAGUCUCUGCUUACCCCUCCGGGAAAGAGGCGUGAUUUUAUGUAUGUAUGUUUUACCGAAUAACGAUAAUCCAUAUCUAUUUAACUCUUCUGUUAAUGAAUUACUGACAUACUAAACAGACAGACAACGCACAGCCCAAACCGCUGGGGCUAGAAUUUUUAAAUUUACCCUCGUAGCAUGUGACGCGCGACGCCGUUCCUAUCGCGCGAAUAACUGUUCCGUUUCAUAUCAUAAUAAAACGCAAAAUGGCGAUAGUUUUUCCGCGCUAUUAAAACCGCCUCAUCGUUGCCAAUGUCUUAAAAAGAUAUUACCUGUUUCAAUGUUAUUAUUCAAACUAGCUAUGCCCGCUUCUUCGUCCGCGUGGAAUAGUUAUUUUGGGCAUCAUUAAAGCCCUCGAGGAUUAAUAAUUUUCUACGACUUUUCCACAUUUGCCAUUAUUUCUUCGCUCCUAAUAGUUGCAGCGUGAUUUUAUAUAGCCUAAAGCCUUCCUCGAUAAAUGGUCUAUCCAACACAAGAAGAAUUUUUCAAUUUGAACCAGUUGUUCCUGAGAUUAAGCGUUCAAACAAACAAACAAACUCUUCAGCUUUAUAAUAUUAGUAUAGAUGUACCUGCUGUAACAUAGAGCGAUAAUAAACGGGACAUUUGAUCAGUUAUUUGUAUGUGUAUUCUAACUUAUGUUAAACUUAUGAAACUUGAGAAUUACUCACACGACAUUUUCUUGACAUUAUAUUUUCUAUGAUAUUGUA